AUGUCUAAAACGGGGGUGGCAAUCCCCCAGCUCCAAAAGGACCUGGAGGGCAUAGAAGAGAAGCCGCGUCUGUCGUUGGCCGUAGACAACAUCGACAGGCUUAUCGCCAAGCUGACAGAAGCCAGGCAAGCAGUAGCAACAGCGAGCGAUCCGCAUACGGCAUCUCUUACCCUCACGAGGCUGCAAAAUCCCGUUAAAGAGGUGAUUGACCGGGCCAAUGACGACCUGAAGAAAGUAUACCAGGUCCAAAAGGACCUCGGGAAGUCGUUGGACAAGUCGUUUCCUGUCGUCAAGAUCGCGACGGAUCACGAUGCACUGGACGGAAAGUCGGAUCUUAUGAACAAAGCAAUCGCAAUGCAUCUUAUGCGGGAGGGACAAUUCUCGGUAGCCAGCACUUUUAUUGGAGAGUCGCAACGCGACCAGCAUGUCGCAAGCUUGAAACCGCAAUCUGUCCACGGUAAAAGCAGGGAGGCACAAGAUUCAAACACAAUGGUCGUAGACUCGGAUGGCGAUAUAAACCAGCAACAACAGAGCAGCAGCACAGUUUCCGGUCAGACUAACGCAAGCAGCGAGGUCAUUGGCUCUUCGCGACUUCAGGAACAAUUUGAGGUCAUGUAUCGCAUUCUACAGGAGCUUAAGCAGCACAACCUGCAACCUGCGAUCGAGUGGGCACUGGCAAACUCUACAGAGCUGGAAGCACGCGGUUCCAACCUGGAAUUCGAGCUUUGUAGGCUACAGUACGUUCAUCUGUUUGAGACACCGGGGAGGGGCCCACCAGCAGCAUUCGAGUAUGCCCGUACGCAGAUGUGGCGGUUCAGGGAACGCCACCUCGCCGAAAUAACACGCCUGGCGGGCGCGUUAAUUUACGCCCCGAACCUGGCCGAUUCGCCAUAUGCCACACUUUUCGACUCGCCCACGGCCUUCCUGGAUGCGGCAUCGUCUUUUACACGCGAGUUCUGCUCCCUGCUUGGUUUGUCUGCCGAAUCGCCCCUGUACGUGGCGGCAACGGCUGGUGCCAUUGCCCUCCCACGCCUUGUUAAGUGGCAGUCCAUCGCCCAGGGCGCAGAGUGGACCACGACCAACGAGCUCGCUUUUGAAACACCACUGCCGCGGUCCUUUAUGUACCACUCCAUCUUUGUCUGCCCCGUGUCGAAGGAGCAGACGACGGCUGCCAAUCCGCCUGUCAUUCUCCCCUGCGGCCACGUCCUUGCAAGGGACAGCUUGACAAACAUAGCAAAGGGGACGAGGUUCAAAUGCCCAUAUUGUCCCUCGGAAGGUCAGGUCAAGGACGCACGGGUUAUCGUUUUAUAG